AUGAGCCUUUCUCAGCUGCCCACCGAAACCUUGUGGACUAUUGCGUCCUAUCUCCCACUCCAGAGUGAUAUCUACGCCUUGGUUAGAAUCAAUCGUCGCCUACACCAAGGGCUUGAAAAGUGCCUAUACUAUUGGAACGCUCAGUAUAACCAUGGAUCGGCGCUCUUUUUUGCUGCCAAGCACAGCCUCAUUCCACAAAUUCAAACCCUUUUAGACGGAUUAGUUUUUGCCCGCACUCUGCCUCACUCGCAUCCCUGGAAAGAGACCAGGGCAACCCGACAGGAGGAAAACGAGGAAAGUGAGGAAGAAGAGGAAAGCGAAGAAGAUUUGUAUCCAAUAAUAAGAAGAAGGAAUCUAGAUGGGAGAUUAGAUCUACCGAUCCUUAUUGGGAAGAUGUUGGUGGGUAUUCAGACUGGAAAUACCGAGGCUGUUCAAGUCUUGCUGCAGUUUGGCGCAGAGGUCAAUUUCUAUCGUGGAAGUCGUGUGAUGGUUGACAUUGACGACCCGCCAUUAUUCACGGCUGUACAAUACGGACACGUCGAGAUGGUGAACAAGUUGCUCGAGGGUGCUGAUCCACAGCGGUAUACUCCUUCUCCCUUAUACCGCGCUGUUAAAGAUGGUCGGCGAGACCUGAUUUCUGCAUUACUGAAAAGCGAUGUGCGAUCCCAAAAAGCAGCGUUGAAACUUGCUGUGUUGCGAAGGGACUAUCCCAUGGUUGAAUUUCUCCUAUCUGGUGGUUUAAACACUUCAGAGUGCGGGCAUGCUGGGCUAUACGUUGCUGAAAUGAAAGGCUACAAGGACAUCACUACUUUGUUAAAGCUUCGUGGUGCGACCAUUGAUGCGCUCUCUGAAGCUGACAAGAUGAACUGGGCGACAGAGGACAAAGACGGAACCGGUCGGCCAAAGUACUAUACGUACUCAACUCUCAUGAGGAAGACGAAUCUGGUGAUUAACUCUGUCCUGAGUUCGAUACCUCUGCAUAAUGUGAAACAGAAGUCUCGACUUUCGUGGUCGUAG